CCGCAGCACGUGACGUCCUUUCCGGUCUAACCUGACAACAUGGACGCCAGCCGCGUGCAGCCGAUCAAGCUCGCCAGAGUCACCAAGGUGCUCGGAAGAACUGGUUCCCAGGGACAAUGUACACAGGUCCGUGUUGAGUUCAUGGACGACAGCAACCGCUCCAUCAUCAGGAACGUGAAGGGCCCAGUCAGAGAGGGAGAUGUGCUCACACUUCUGGAGUCUGAAAGAGAGGCCAGGAGGCUGCGAUAGUGUCCAGCUGAAGAUGUGAGGUGCCAUCCAGCGAUGCGAAGUACAAGACGCCAUCAGCUUUGCUUGCAAUGGCAAACACCUCACUCUUUCAGAUUGUUUUGAAAUAAAUUUCGUUAUCAA